CGAGGCCGAUUGCGUUCCCCAGAGCCGCCCAAUUGGUCGCCAUAACUCACACAAUAAAGUCGCAGCGCGGUGGUCAGCCUUGCCCUCCGGCGGCGCCUGUGUGGUCUCCGUGCUGGAGCUGGCGGUCUAACCAAUUCCAGCUUGGCUCGGGGACCGCGAGGCGGGCUGCAGGCUGGGGCGGGCGCCAGUCACGGGGACGCUGCGGGUCUUGCGGCCAGAGGCAGGAGAGGAGGACCCCUAGUCCUUGGGUCAGACUAGACCGGAGGGCUUGUGGCGGGGGCUGCCACAUUGCUCCGGGCAAGGCGGUGCUGCUCGGCCCGCCUCCCUAUUCUCCAGACCCCCCGAACUCGCCAGCGGCCGGCGCUCCUGGAGGCGCCGAGCGGAGGAGGAACGCUGCUAGCGGCUGCCUCGGUGUGCCCCCGCUGUUCCCAGCUGGGUGGCUCUGGCUCUUCUGUCCUUCCACACCAGGUCCAGGGAGCUCGUCCUGCUCUGUCCACCACGGAGUGGAUGAAGUUUGGCGUUCUGGUUUGCAGGAUGUAGUCGCCAAGGUUACUCCUGGCGAUAAAAGGAAUGUAGCCUUUGGUCACGAUUCGCCAAAGGAGCUGCCCCGUCCCCAGGCCAGCAUACUCCAUGGACCUGGAUGGCGACUUCCCUAGGAGCAGAGGGCUUGGCCAUGGAGGAGCAGACCAGGAAUGGUGUGAAGCCUCCUUCCUGGAGGCCAAACUUGGGCAGAGUUUGUGGUGCAUUUCUCCACCGGCAGCAAACUGUGCCUGCAGCCUGGGACCCAGGGCUCAGAGCGUGGGUCUUUGCCGCUAGAUCACUCAUGCAGAGUCCUCUCCAGAAGGACUGGGUGGGGAGGGAUGGGGUAAAAAUAGCAUUGCUCAGGCCUAGGGACAGAGGUGGUGGCCCGGCCAAAUCGCAGGAUCUCCAGACGAGCCAAGGGGUGUGUGGUACUGAAGAAGGCCUCAGCUUCAACUUAAAGCUGGCAGAAGCAAGUCUGGCCCAGGUAGCUGGCAGAAAACGGGAACAAGAGGCCAAUCAAGACCAAGAAGGGUCCCAAGGGACACUCCUGGCAAAGGCCCCCGAUGCCCAUGCCCCCAACUGCUGAAGCCGGGGGGGGGGAAACUCACAGAGGCCUCACCUUCGCUCAACAUGCCUUGGCUCUGCCUGGCAGCCUCGUCCUUCGCCAUCGAAUAUUGAGGGUGUUAUCAUAAUACCCUGAAGGGGGGGAAAACGGGUCGGGGGAUGUAGGCGGUGCUGAAAUGACCGGCUUUGAAGAACCUGCAGGCAAAGUUUCGUCCAAUCGUCUGAGCCUGUCCUCUUAUUCCCGGUUGUAACUAAAUACUGCUGCGAGCGGAGCCGAAGCCCUUUGUUGGAGAUGUGUGAGCGCAGUCUCUACAGAGCGGGCUAUGUGGGCUCGCUCCUGAAUCUGCAGUCGCCCGACUCCUUCUACUUCUCCAACCUGCGGCCGAAUGGCGGCCAGUUGGCCGCGCUUCCCCCCAUCUCAUACCCGCGCGGCGCGCUGCCCUGGGCCACCACGCCCGCCUCCUGCGCCCCAGCGCAGCCUGCCGGUGCCACCGCCUUCGGCAGCUUCUCACAGCCCUACCUGGCUGGCUCUGGGCCUCUUGGCUUGCAGCCUCUGGGCGCCAAGGACGGACCCGAAGAGCAGGCCAAGUUUUAUACGCCAGACGCGGCCGCCGGGCCAGAGGAGCGUGGCCGUGCCAGGCCCUCCUUCGUCCCCGAGUCUAGCCUGGCCCCCGCGGCCGCUGCUCUCAAAGCGGCCAAGUACGACUACGUGGGUGUGGGCCGUGCUGCGCCGGGCUCUGCAGCCCUGCUCGAAGGGACCCCGUGCGCCGCCGGCUUCAAGGACGACGCCAAGGGCCCGCUCAACUUGAACAUGACAGUGCAGGCGGCAGGCGUCACCUCUUGCUUGCGACCUUCGCUGCCGGACGGCCUGCCGUGGGGGGCGGCCCCGGGGAGAGCCCGCAAGAAGCGGAAACCCUACACCAAGCAGCAGAUUGCGGAGCUGGAGAACGAAUUCCUCCUCAACGAAUUCAUCAACCGGCAGAAGCGCAAGGAAUUGUCCAACAGGCUUAACCUCAGCGACCAGCAGGUCAAAAUUUGGUUCCAGAACCGGCGUAUGAAGAAGAAGCGCGUGGUGCUGCGCGAGCAGGCGCUGGCGCUAUACUAGUCCGGAGGGUGGCCACCGCCCCGCGGGUCCGGAUCUGCCUUUUAGAGCCAAGGCCUGGUGUGGAGGAAGAGCUGAAACUGGGGCUUUUCCUUCCCCUUCUUCUCCGCUGUUCCCAGGUACCCUCCCGCUCAGUAUGCAGCCCCAGAAGCCAGCAGACUUGGAGACCUGGCCAGUUGGGCCUUUACGCUUUCGCCUUUUUCAGAGGGGCAUGAGAAGGUUGCAACACAACCUUGGCCUUGAGUUUUCCCGAGUAGGGGUCACCUGUUCUAGCCCUUGGCUGGGAUAUUUACACUGGGCCUCGCUGUAGCUCCCUCGUAGUUGAAUUUCACCUUCCACCUGGUUAGUUUCCCUUUUUCCUUCUCCCCAGCCCUUCUGUAUUUAGCAAGGGCCUAACUCAGAGUGGAAUUGAAUUUAAGAAGGCCUCCUGGGCGUAGUGGAAAGGGCUGAGGGCACAAUUGUGUCUCUUUUCAUCCAAAGCUUCUUGUGGCAAAGCCAGAGUGUCAACUCUGGAAGAAGGAAAGAUGGCACCAUUCCCCCUCCUCUCUGCCCUGGCUGGUUAGGGAGGACAAAAGCCAGCCUAGACCUUUAGAUUUUGGGAGGAAAGCGGAGGGGAGGGACAGGGUGGCAGGACAAACUCCAGAGACACCUCUGAGUUCAGAAUGAGUUGGCCCCUCCAGCUGGGCGGAAUGGACUGGAUACUUCCUUCCCGUGGAUGGGACUAGGUAGGCUGGGGCUCCACAGCAAACUGCAAUCUCCAGAGAGGACUGGUAAAAUUCCCUACUUCUCCCAGCUCCUUACACAUGCCUAGGCCAGAGCCCUGCACUCUGUAACUGGACCCCCAGAGCUGAGUUCUGGUGAGAAGAGCUGCUAGUCUCCUUUGAAGCUAGGUUGCACUAGGAGGAAGGAAAAAUAUCCAGGGGGUAGAGAAGGGAGUGAACCAGGAGGGGGGGGGGUCCUACAUUCCAACUGUAAAUAAGGCUUUCCUGUCUUGGUGAGUAGAGGUGUUGAAGACAACAUGUCUUUCUUUCUUGAAUUACCAUAAUGGGUCACUGCAGGGAGAGAUGAAAUCUCCUCCACAAGUCAGGGGAUGAGGAAGGAGCCCCCUCAGACCCUCAGCUCCUGGUCGCUGCUCUUGAUAAGUAGAGAGGAGCAGAAGUUCCCCUCUCUUCACCCUCUCCACCACCCGCAAACUCCUCCAGGGGCCCAGCCACUGUGCCCUUUCUAAGGCCCUGUCUGGCCUGCCCCAGAGAAGUCUUUGAGACCCUGGGCCCUGCCCUGGAGCUUGCUUUGUGGAGGCUGGGGUUCCUGAAUGCCAGAUGGAGUUGUUCUGGGUGUGCUGGGGUGUCCUACCUUAACAUCAGUGAACCCAAGGGCCCCUCCAAGCUCCUUCUACCUACCAUCCCUGCCUCUUCUCCCUCUCCUUCUGAGAAGUAGCGCCCCCCCCCCAACUCCUAGCAAGAUGUACGACAGCCAGAGAAUUGAAGAUUCCUUCCCAAAGUCCAGUGACUUAUUUUCAUUGGAGGACCAGGCCCUAGCUCUGGAGUGGGCACCUCACAGGGAGCCCUGAGUCUCAGCCCAACUGGUCUCAGUUGAUGUUUAUACUAACUGCAUUUUCUCUGCUAUCUAAUAGUUGUUGUGCAUGUUUCCUUUUGUUUUGAUUUUGUCAAAAGCAACAGCUUGUAUAUAUCAGACACAUAGAAAUGUUUUGGGUGGAAAUAAAUAUCCAGGUCCCAGCCAAGGGACUGAUGUCGAUUUUUCAAAA